GGUGAUGAUGUGCCCAUAGAUGUGCCCAUAGAUGUGCCCAUUGAUGUGCUCACUGGACCUAGGGAGUUCACUUAUGGUGAAUUGGCUCGAGCAACUAGGAACUUCGAUGAGGAACAAAAGCUUGGAGAGGGUGGAUUUGGAGGUGUUUAUAGAGGCUACUUGAGUGAUCUCAACAAGGAUAUUGCAGUGCAGAGGAUUUCUAAAGGGUCUAAACAAGGGAUAAAAGAAUAUGCAUCAGAGGUGAAUAUCAUUAGUCGAUUGCGGCAUAGGAAGCUUGUGCAACUUGUUGGUUGGAGCCACCAACGGAAAGAGUUACUUCUUGUGUAUGAAUUCAUGCCCAAUGGAAGCCUUGAUUCCCAUCUAUUUCGAAAUAAGGGUUCCUUGACAUGGGAUUUGAGGUACAAGAUAGCUCUUGAUAUAGCCUCUGGAUUACAUUAUUUGCACCAAGGGUGUGAACAAUGUAUCAUCCACCGGGAUAUUAAAUCCAGCAAUGUGAUUCUAGACACCCAUUUUAAUGCUAAACUUGGGGAUUUCGGUCUGGCUAGGCUUGUAGAACAUGAGAAAGAGUCACAAACAACCAAUGUAGCUGGUACCACGGGAUACAUGGCACCUAAAUAUGUUAGUACUGGGAAGGCUACCAAAGAAUCUGAUAUCUAUAACUUUGGGAUUGUUCUCUUAGAAAUUGCUUGUGGGAGAAAGUCCAUUGAAAAUGAGUUUCACCCAAGUGAAGUGAAUUUGGUAAAUUGGGUUUGGGAACUCUAUGGAACACAGGAACAUCUCGAAGCAGCUGACCCAAGUUCAGGUAUGGAUUUUGACAAGCGACAGGUAGAGUGCUUGAUGGUUGUUGGGCUAUGGUGUACUCACCCAGACCACAAACUUCGACCUUCUAUUGAGAAAGCUAUUCAUGUUCUGCAAUUUGAGUCUCAACUGCCUAUUCUCCCAAGUAAGAUGCCCGUGCCCACAUAUAAUUCCCCUCCAUUAAGUAUGUCUACAUUCUCGAUUUCAUCAUCACAAAGUUCGUCCAACAAUGGCACUACUGUUUCCUCCAAGUUAAACAGCUCAUCAUCUGCUACUUCAUCUUCUCCCUCGAUAUCCCUCUUGUCGAACCCACCGUAAGAAGAAAUGUAAUAUUUGAAGUUCAAGAUUGCAUUGCCCCCCCCC